AUGAGCGCCGAAGCUUCUAGCGCCUCAAACACAGCUCACCAAGCUAUUGGUUCGGCAGACCCGCCGUCGAAACCUCACAGCAACAACCAUGACUCUCCCCACAGUGGCCCCGGAGGCCUCUUGACAAUCCACCAUGAAGGAGAAUCUGGCCGGAGCGGGAUCCACUUCUGGUCAUUCCUGCGUAUCUUAUGGCGGUCAUCAUCCCAAGUCUCCAUGGCUGUCAAUAUUCUGUGGCCUUUUGUCCCGUUUGCCAUAAUCCUUCACUAUCUGCCCGGGCACCACUCGACCACGCUCGACAAAUGGAUCUUCGCGGCGAGCUACAUCGGCAUGGUCCCUGCAGCGAACCUCUUGGGGUUUGCGGGUCAAGAGCUUGCACGGAAAAUGCCUAAAGUUGCGGGAAUCUUGAUUGAGACUGCGUUAGGGAGUAUCGUGGAGAUUGUGCUGUUCAUCAUCCUGAUCGCCAAACAUAAGAACCCUGAAGGAUCUGGCGAUGACAGCUCCGCAGAAGAGGGCAACCUCAUACCCGUCAUCCAGGCCGCGAUCCUUGGCUCUAUUCUGACCAACCUGCUCCUCUGUCUGGGUCUGUGUUUCUUCUUUGGCGGCAUUCGUCGACAGACACAGACCUUCCACGCGGUCGUCUCCGAGGUGGGGUCUGGCCUGUUGCUUGUCGCCGGCUUUGGUCUCCUCAUUCCGAGUGCAUUCUACUCUGCUCUGAAAGGAGAGACGCGCCCGCACAGUGGUUUCACAGAACACAAGCUGCAAUACGACGUGUUGAAGAUGAGCCAAGCCACUAGUAUCAUCCUCAUGAUCGCGUUCGCCGUCUACAUCGUCUUCAACGCACGUAGCCAACACGGCAUCUUUGAUGAAAUCCUCGAGGCAGACGAGAUAAACGACGAGGACCGGACCCACGACCUGGCCAAAAAGAAGCUGACAUUUACCGAAUGCGUCGUCGCCAUAGUCGUGUCUCUGACGUUGAUCACGCUCCUUGCCGUCUUUCUCGUGGAGCAAAUCGAAACCAUCGUGCACUCUGGUGUGCCUGAUCAAUUCCUCGGUCUCAUUCUCCUUCCACUGGUCGAAAAGGCGGCUGAGCAUCUGACUGCGGUCGACGAGGCAUGGGAUGGCCAGAUGAAUUUCGCCCUGUACCACUGUCUCGGACCGAGUAUCCAGACGGCGCUGUUCAACGGGCCACUAGUGGUCCUUGUGGGCUGGGCGCUGGGGAAACCGAUGGAUCUCAACUUUGAGAUCUUUAUGAUUGUCCUGCUCGUGCUGUCGAUUUUGGUAGUUGGCAAUUUCCUCAGGGAUAAAGAAAGCAAUUAUCUCGAGGGCACUCUGUUGGUGAUUGUGUAUAUCAUCAUCGCCAUUGCGGCGUGGUACUAUCCAGAUCCGGACGUGGCGACCUCCAACGAAUUCGACGAUCCUUGGUCUGUCGCUGGCUUUCCGCCGACGGCAACCUCGAUGGUUUCUUUGCAGUUUAAAACGCAGGGGACGGUGUUUUGA